GGAAGGGGUCGCGCGGCGGCGGCGUCAGCAGCGGCGGCGGCCGAGGCGCCGAGCAAGAUGGCGGUGCGGGUGUUGCGCGCCGGCGGAGCGGCCUGGGCCAGCGGUCUCCUGAGGCGGGCAGUCCCCUGCAGCCUCCUGCCGGGGCUCCGGACAUGGACAUCUUCCAGCCACAGAUCUCGAGAAGACAGCUGGCUUCAAUCCUUAUUUGUCCGGAAAGUUGAUCCAAGAAAAGAUGCUCACUCCAAUCUCCUAGCCAAAAAGGAAACAAGCAGUCUCUACAAAUUACAGUUUCACAAUGUUAAACCGGAAUGCCUAGAAGCAUACAACAAAAUUUGUCAAGAGGUGUUGCCAAAGAUUCACGAAGAUAAAUACUACCCUUGUACUUUGGUGGGGACUUGGAACACGUGGUAUGGCGAGCAGGACCAAGCUGUCCACCUCUGGAGGUAUGAAGGAGGCUAUCCAGCCCUCACAGAAGUCAUGAAUAAACUCAGAGAAAAUAAGGUAAUGGUUUUGAAAAACCCAGGAACCAUGAUUGAAUGGGGCAAUUACUGGGCUCGCGCGAUCCGCUUCAGACAGGAUGGUAACGAAGCUGUGGGAGGAUUCUUCUCUCAGAUCGGGCAGCUGUACAUGGUCCACCAUCUUUGGGCCUACAGGGAUCUUCAGACCAGGGAAGACAUACGGAAUGCUGCAUGGCACAAACACGGCUGGGAGGAAUUGGUAUAUUACACAGUCCCACUUAUUCAGGAAAUGGAAUCCAGAAUCAUGAUCCCACUGAAGACCUCGCCCCUCCAGUAAAGCUGUAGAGUUUAUAUGUGCCUACAUACAUUUCUGUGACAAGUAUUUGUCAUAAAUUAAUUUUAAUUGUUUAUCAAGUGAAAAAAGAAACACCGAGGUUUAAGCUGCCGUCUGUAGCUUGUGAGAGACCUCUUUUCUUUAAAAUUUACAUAAUCACAAGAAAGGCAACAAUCACAGUUGGACUGACGAGGCAGCACCCUGUCGGCCUCUCUGAAACAUCCCCAUGUUGUCCAGUGUACCUUGUAACACUGAGCCGCUCUUCCCACCCUCCAGAACGGGUCCAGAUGGAAAUCUGAAUCAUCUCUAAAAUAAGGUUCCAACUAUGAAAAAAAUUAGCCUUUUCUUUACUUAAAAAAAAAACUGCUUUAUAAUUACAGAUUUUUAGACAAAUUUCUUGUAUCAGGAAGAAAUACAAAUUUUGUUAUGUUUCUCGAGCAGUUUUUCUGAGUCUCUGAGGAGGAACAACUUAAAAGUGUAGCCACUAACUGAAAAUGUGUUAAUUCACUCUCAUUUGUAAUCAGUCCACGUAGUAGACAGUGUGUUUCCCAAGCUGGGCAAGGUACAUAUAAUCAGUAAAUCAGUUUCACAUCAUGUACUGUGAUGUUUCUAUGUGAGAGACAAAAACAAUGGCUUGAAACUUGUGUAUCACAUGUGAUUUUGAAAUGAACACCUUGAAUAGCACUAAUUUUUAUUUGUGAUAUUUUUCUAUAACAAAACAAGUAGCACUAGGAAAAGAGGCUUUAUUUUGUAAAUGGUCAUUUGUGACCUCAGACACUCUCUGUUUAAUAUUUUAAUAAGCUCACAGCAGAUACUUCAAGAUCAUGAAUGAGGGUGGUGCAUGUUGAUUCAAACUGGCAUAAAGCUGCAUACUUUUUGUCUAGCUGUUUGAUUUCAUUUUUUAAUAUAGUGUGCCAAUUUUGUGACUGUUAUCAUGUGAAAGUCCUGCUGAAAUCAACAAUUAUGUCUGCUCCACAAUUAAGAAUGUACAUCUAAAGUGUGAAUAAAUCUCAUAUCCAAUGUCAAACUUACAUGUGAAUGAUUUUCUCCAAGAACAUAGAAAAGUCAAUAAAAUCCUCUUAAUUUUCACAUA